CAGUUCAAACUGCACCUUGGAAGAAGCAAGAUCCACCUAUAUCUGUCGGAGAAAAAAGGCGAACAAAACUCGGUGUCCGUCUUCGAUCAGAGAAAAGGGAGCAACCAGAACCGUGUCGUCUUCAGUCGGAAAAAAGGAUUUAUACGAUCACGUCCCUUCGUCAGACGUUAAGUUAGAAGACUUUUUAUGACACAGUAAUUCAAACCUAAGUUCUGGAUUAUUUCGAAUAGAUCUCGCGAGUGCCCAAAUUUCAUCAUUCUGGAAUCGCAAUGGCGAAACUUAGUAGUUGUCCUCAGUUGUGUCUGCUGAUGUUGUGCGCCGUAUCUCUGAUGCAGCGCGUAAAAGGGGAUUGUUCCUAUGUCACUAAUACGUACAUUUGUAGAGACAUUGGUUCCGAAGUCGCCCUGGAUAAAGCUUUGGCAGACGGAGUACAAUACGCGGACCAAGUUUCAACUAUCCUCCUACACGGUGGGUCCAUCACGCAACUAAAGAAAGGCGUAUUUGCCGGCUUCCCGAAGCUGACUAUGCUACGAAUCGAAGAGACGGGCCUCAAACAUGUGAAAGCAGGCGCCUUUGACGGGAUCAAAAACUUAGAGAAGUUGCAUCUCCCGAAUAACGGACUAACAUCUUUUCCAAUUGGUCUCCCGAAUGGGCUCAAAGUUUUGGAUAUGUACAGAAACAGACUUCGAGCAUCUACAUUACCUGUUUUUGAGUCUAUCAAAAACCUGACAUCUUUAUUGGAGUUAAACUUGUCUUCGACGCAGUUGACAGAGGCGAUGUUGCCUGGCAGUCCAUUUUCCACGUUGUCAAAUCUUCAGAAACUGGACUUGUCCAGGAAUUUUAUCAACACUGUCAAGAACUCUUUAUUCAAAGGAUUGACUAACCUGAGGUCUCUUUUCAUGAGACAAUCUGAAGUUUUUCUGAUCGAGGAUAGCGCGCUGCAGCCCCUUGAAUCCAUGACGGAUGUGGACUUCAGCCGAAACCAGAUCCAGACGAUCGGGGUACCGGUGUUGAAGACCCUGACAGGUCAGGAAUCCCGGUCGGGCUUGGCAUUAGCAUUCGACCUCUCCGCCAAUCCCUGGUCCUGCAGCUGCCAUAUGCUCACAGUCAAGACCUGGUUCAUUGACAACGGUCUGCAGAAAUUUGCAAAGAAAAUGACGUGCAGUAACCCAGAGAAUACGUUCGGUAUGAACCUGCUGGAUGUACCAAGUGAAAGCUUCAUCUGCAAGCGGCCAUCUCUGAUCAAAUGUUGUCACGACGUCCACCUCAACCCGAUGACAUUUUACGUCCGUAGGGUGUGCACCGGCUGGGGCGUCCCGCUGCCGUCUGUCUCUUGCAAGGCGCCCGGCAAGAUUUUCGUGACGGCAAGCAUCCAAAGCGCCCAGGACGAGCGCCCCGUCAACAACGUAGCCCUACUGUUCAGCAAUUAUGGAGACACGCAGGUCAAAUUGGAUUACAACUGUACGGCCGUGAACUUGGAUGCCGCGACUACCAUACAUUGCAGCUGGGACCCAAACCUCCUUGGGGUUGAUGGGACGGUCAGGAUCGCUGGAAGAGUCGAGCUUCUCAUCUUUGUGAGCUUUUUGAUAGAACUGUUUUUAUACUUUUAGAAAAUCGAACAUUUAUGUUGUCUGAAGGUGAUGGUAGGGUGUGUGUCAACGCGACUUUUUCGGCGCAAACGCCUCAAUCAUUGUAUUUUUCCCAAAUUGGAGGACAGCAUAUGCAUGUGUUACUUAGCUGGCCGAGGACAGCAUAUGCCCAAGAUGUUUUACUUAGCUGUAAUUGGAGGGCAGCAUAUGCCUGAAAUACUUAGGUUUAACUGGAGGACAGCAUAAUUAUAAGAUAGUCAGCUUUAUUUGGAGACAGCAUAUGCCUGACAUACUUUAAUAGCUUUAUUUGCAUGAAUAGAAAAUGAUCACUAUUGCACCUUAUUAUGUAGUCUUUUAUAAUGUAGGAGUAAAUGCUUUGAGAAAACAGCAAAAACGUCUCAUUUUUAGACAGAACAAUAAUGCGUAUAUAAAGUGUUCAGCGUAUUUUGUCUUCUUCCAUAGAUCCGAAUUGAAACAUCUUGGUCAGCUCUAUUCACUGGAGAUUGUGGACGGAAAAAGUCUCAAUUCAGAACGAUAGGCGUAUAUAUUUUGUGUUAGGCGUAUUUUGUGUUCCAAUACCGAAUUUAAUCCUCUUGGUCAGCUCUAUUCAUUCACUGGGGGUUGUGGAUAGAAAACGUCUCAAUUCAGAACAACAGGCGUAUUUUGUGUUCGGCGUAUUUUGUGUUCGGCGUAUUUUGUGUUCGGCGUAUUUUGUGUUCGGCGUAUUUGUGUUCUACAAGACCCGAUUCAAUUCUAUUGGUCUAUUCUGUUCAUCGGAAUGUUGUGGAUCCGACAAGGCUAUAGUAGGACGGAACCGGAUCUAUCAGUAGAAAACUAGACUCGCCUUAUUGUUAGGAAUAAAUAAUUGAGAUGAUGCAAACAUUUCACCGGAGUCGCAAUAUCUAAACGAAAACGCCUUAACGAAGAAGGUGAAGUUAGAACAGGUUUGGUGAGGUUGUGGUGUAAACAUGUAAAUCUGGGUUUUCUCUUUUUGCGACCUUGGCCGAUAUAUAGAUCUAGGGCAUAUCUACAUGGAUUAUUCCAAGUGUCAAAAUAUUGACAAUGGGCGUCCAGUACGUGGUCCUAACAAAACCAUUGUUGAUCAUUUGAAAGUUGAUAAGAAAUUCAAUAAUGAUUUUUGUAUUUUGAAA